UGGAUGAGUGAUACGAACAUUGGUGUACUUGUCAAAUGGAACCCACAUACUGGAUUAUUAAAUCGUGUGCAUUGCGCAUUCACUGUCUCUGUCCUUACUCUAUGCACUGUCGUAAGAGUUGGACAACAGGGCUGACUUUGUGUAAUCAAGUAUUCGUUCCAAAGUGUAACAUUCAUUCUGGAUUACGGUGAUAUUAUUCAUACUGUUCUUAAGAAGACGACCAUAUAACUUUGCCACAAGCAAUGUGAAGAAAUGAUAACCGUACAGCCAGACGCCGAUAAAGAGGUUCACACACCACACCGAUUUUGCCUUUGGAUAUAAACACACUCCAUGUGAUUGCAUUUUUGACCGUGGUAUUUUCAAGAGUAAAUCUGCAGGAGUUAUUUGCUCGUCUUCACCACGUUCCGGGCGCCUUGCUAAGGAUUGCUUGUCUUAGUGUUAGAGGAAAGAGAAAGCUGAGAGUCCAACAAUGCAGAGACCCAACUUCAACGACCCUGCAUCGGUUGAGCGUCUUUUUAUCCAAGCAGUAGAAAGAGGCGAUCGUAAAGCCAUCAUAUUCGCCUUAGAUAACGCUCCCGAUCUUAACAUUAAUUGUACUGAUCAGGAUGACAGACCAGCACUUCUCAUCUCCAUACAGAAUGGCAACUCAGAUAUCGUUCAGCUUCUAUUGGAUCACAACGUACAGUUGGGGGAUUCUUUAUUACGUGCAGUUGACGAGCAGUUUGUUCAGGGUGUUCGCCUCAUCUGUGAGCAUAUCAAAAAGAAGAAUUUACCCGAAGCUCUAAAUUGCCGUGCUCUCAACGGCGAUUUUCACUUUGAUGUUACACCCCUGGUCUUAGCAGCACAACACAACCAUUUUGACAUCAUUCGAAUCUUAUUGGAGUAUGGAGCUAGAAUUAAAGAUCCAGGAGAAUACAGUGACGAAGCUGCGAUGCACACCUUGGAAAACUCCGUGGGGAUGAUCAAUCUGUAUAAGGCGCUUUCAAGUCAAGCCUACAUCUCACAAACAUCAAGCGAUCCCUUCAGUACAACAUUCGAACUUUGUUCCAAGCUUCGUAAACUCGCUCUGACAAAGUAUGAAUUCUGCGACCAGUUCCAAGAGUUAGCCCACCAGUGUGAGGACUUUGCAGCUGGUCUUUUAGACCAGGUGCGAGAUUCCAAUGAGCAGGCUCUGAUUCUUAACCAUGACCCAUAUGGAUGGAGUAAUCCGUCUGAGGACCUCCAGACAUGUCAGCCAAAUAGAGUCAAAGCUGCAAUUUUCUUUGAACAGAGGAAGUUUGUGGCUCAUCCUCACUGCCAACAACGUUUGAUUGAACAGUGGUACCAUGGUCUUCCUGGUUGGCGAGAUCAAGGUUCCUUUAAGUCUGGUUUGACCGUCUUGUUGAUGGGUCUCAGCUUCCCACUCCUCUCUAUAGCUUACAUUCUUUUCCCGUAUGGCAAGCUCGGCAGGUUCCUUCGCAUCCCAUAUGUCAAAUUUGUGUGUCACACCGCCUCCCAACUGUGCUUCCUUCUUCUCUUGCUGUACCAAACUAUAGUUGAAAGCACAUCUCAUCCUUUAUCAGCAUUAGCAGUAAGCAAAGCAGAGGAAGAAAGUACUUCAAGUGAUUCAGUAUCAACUACGACGGUCAGAUCUAACCCACCUAGUAUUAUAAUGUUGUUUAUAGUGGCAUGGGUUGCCGGGAUGACGUGGUCCAAAUGCAAGGAGCUCUGGUACAAUGGCUCAAGAUUCUUCAAUAAUCUAUGGAACUAUUUUGAUUUUGUUACCCUUGUGUUGUACUGGACGGUCAUUGCACUUCUCUUUAUGGUGUAUUUUAAGGCAGAGCAAGGCGAUCCGGCGCACGUAGUGGCUCGGUCACAGGAGAUCAAUGUCACUUUAAGCCCGUCCUCAACUCUUGAUCCAUUUACCCUCGAAUCAAACGAACCUCCCGUCCAAGAAAACUUAAAAGACAUCGAAGACUCCCUAGACGUUAUCUCAGGCAAGCUUGAUCAACUCCUAUCUGGGCAGCAGUCGAUGAGUUAUAAUAUGUCCAACGCAGUGUUAAAGGCAAUGGCAAACAAGACACGUCGAGGGUUCAGACCGCCAGAAGGAGCAGAUGGUGCAGACGGAGAGCGUUUUACAUGGGGGGCAUAUAACCCUAUUCUAGUUGCGGAGGCAUUAUUUGCACUGGCGAAAGUCAUGAGCUUUAUGAGAAUGAUCUGUCUGACGGUUGUGAACCGACAUGUGGGACCUAUGCAAAUCUCUCUCGGUGGGAUGAUGGUGGAUAUCGCCAAGUUUCUCUUCAUCUUCUGCUUCGUAUGGUUUGCCUUCUCCCUUGGAAUGAAUCAGUUGUAUUGGUAUUAUUCAAAGCAUCUUAAUCAACCCUUUGGAACGCUUAUGGAGACAAUGUCAACCUUGUUCUGGGCUCUAUUUGGACUACCAGAUAUCUCCAUUGUUAAUUUACCAGGAGUUGAUCAUAUGUUUACUCAGUCCGUUGGUCAAUUACUGUAUGCUGUAUACCACAUCAUAGCAAUAGUAGUUCUCCUGAAUGUACUGAUCGCCAUGAUGAGUAAUACGUACACUCGUGUUGAGAUGGAUGCCGAUAUGGAGUGGAAAUUUUCUCGCUCCAAGUUGUGGAUGAGUUACUUCGAUGAACUUGGGACUGUGCCUCCUCCCUUGAACAUCUUACCAACUCCCAAGACAGUUUACUACUUCGUCAGAUGGCUCUUCUGUGACGUGUGCUGCCGAGAAAAUCUCGCCAAGAAAUACAAGGAGAGGUUGCGAAGCAUUGUUGAUGAAAGACAAAUGAAAUUUCGGGAAGUAUCAGAACAGGUUGUGAGACGUUAUCACUUUGAGAAGCGCCACCAAGAGGAAGAAGAUGACCAGGCUAACUUGCUGAAUGAGCUCAAGCAGGAUAUCUCUGGGUUUAAAUAUGACAUGUUCGAAGCACUUUCCGAGAUGGAUAAAAAGAUAAGAGAAGUGGAUGCUAAGGUGAACGACAAGGACCUAGACGAGGAAGGAGGCUUGGGAACGGGUAUGUUUAAGGCUCUACAAGACGCCAUGAAAGAACCAGAAAGAAGAGACAGUAUGAUAUCAAUGUCUUCAGGAUGCUCCGUUGCUAUGGUUGAUAUGAGAUCUGCCAGGAAUGAUAACCAAACUCCAGAAUGGAUGGAUCAUGAUGACAUAGAAAUGACGCCACUUGUUAAUAGUACGACGGCGAAUAAGACUGAAUCUGAGCAACCACCCAACGGUCAAGCUGCUGACCCUCUUAAGUUCAUUGACGAUGAUGAUGCAUUGGGUGCACAUAGAAACACUGAAGUUUAAUACAUCAUCAGAUGGCAAUCCAUUUUUCAAUUAAGAAUCAGAGGAAAAUGUCCAUCAUCUUCAGUCAAGAUCUUAGAUCCUAUAGUUUGAGGACGAAGCAAUAACAUUAUUUUUUAUUCGUCUAUACGUUUCAACCAAUCUUUAAAGACUAUUUGCAUAACAGAUAAUAUAAUUAUAUCAGCUAAUUUGACAUUUACGCUUACUAAAGAUGUUGAUAUUAUUAUCGUAUUCAUAGAGGAGAUGUUUUAGUUAAAGUGUAUACUAGGAGUUCUUUAGAUCCAUGCAAGUUUAGUUUAUUUCAAAUAGUAUACCGAAUGUUUCCGAAAGCUUAUAGAAACAGUUCUAUAGAAUAAUUGACACAUUUUUGAAUGUCUGAUUUAGCAGAAUUUCCCACCUUUGUCUUUUAUUAUAAUUGAAUGUAGCAUCCGGAUAUGCUUUCUAUACCAAUAAGUAUUUCAAAAUGGAGUUGGUUAUCAUGAAACGUUAUGAAUCCGCUGAGCUUUAAAUGAAUGAUGACGAAUUUGGCUCAUUGAGAGUUGAAGGCACUGGACAUAUUGGUAAUUACUCGAAAUAAUUGUUGGCAUAAAUAAUAACUUGUUACUAAGCAUUGGAGAGUAUAAAACAUGUGAGAAACGGCUCCCUCUGAAGUAACGUAUACGUUUUCAGAAAGAAGUAAUUUCUCACUAA